AACGGAUGAGAUCUCGAUUCCGUCCACAUUCAUUGCGUUACCGAAUAUCCAAUGCCAUCACUUGAAGAACCGGCUCUCCAUGAAGGUUCUACCGUCCUCGUGACGGGGGCUAACGGGUUCCUCGGCUCUCAUAUUGCUGAUCAGUUCUUGCAUUACGGAUUCAAAGUGCGUGGUACCGUGCGAGAUGUAAACAAGAACGUCUGGCUAGCGGACAUAUUCCGUGAGAAAUACGGUGAAGGGCGCUUUGAACUAUGGGAAAUUCCAGACAUGGCUGCUCAGGGUUUCUUGGAUGAGGCUGUGAAAGGCGUGUCCGCCGUUACACACACGGCGUCCAUCAUGAGUCUUGACCAUGACCCUAACAAGGUCAUUCCGGGGGCAAUCGCUUUCGGUCUUAAUGCCCUAAAAGCAAUAUAUGCAGAGCCCAGUGUGAAGCGUUUUGAAACGUGGAACGAGGAUGCCGUUCAAAAGGCUUGGGCAGAUCCCCCAUAUACACCCGAGCGUUCUCACGCGGUUUAUUCUGCGAGCAAGACUCUGACAGAACAGGCGAUUUGGAAGUACCACAAGCAGCAUUUCAACGAGCGGCCUGAGCUCCUUUUAGUGCUGCCCAACAUGACUCUGGGCAAAUCCCUUGAUCCAGUUAAACAGGCAUAUCCUAGCACCGCUGGCAUGGUCGCUUUGUUGUAUAGGGGAGAGGUAGUGGAGUAUCACCGAAUCGUUCCGCGACAAUAUUUUGUUGACGUCCAAGAUGUUGGCCGGCUGCAUGUCGCGGCAGCUGUCCUUGAUAAGGUGCGAGGCCAACGGAUCUUCGGAUUUGCCGCGCGUUAUAGUUGGGACUCCGUUCUGGGCAUCCUGCGCAAGCUUGAACCAGCUAAGGUCUUCGUAGAGAACUUCUCUGGAGGGGAAGAUCCUAACGAGAUUGAACCUCGCCACAAAGCGGAACAGUUGCUGCGCGAUCUUGGGCGGCCGGGCUGGACUUCCCUGGAAGAAUCUGUGUGGAACAUGGUUGAAGGUUUCCUCUUUUCCAGAAGUUUACACGACAUUACAGCAUCGUGCAUUAUCACCCUCGUCGAUGCCGUAUUACGCAAUUCUGUUCCUCACAAGCUGAUACCAAUUCGGAUACACGUCUGGUUUUCGCAUUUGACCCUUUGA